GUGGAACUCUGGAUUCUGGAACUGGAAGAGGAAGCAGCACAGAGGGAGACCAAGAAAGAUGGUUUCGAGUACGACGCCGAUAGUGAAUACAUACCCUCUCUCGAGCUACACUUUCGGAACGAAGGAGCCAAAGAUGGAGAAAGAUACUUCAGUUGCAGAUCGUCUUGCGCGAAUGAAAGUCAACUACAUGAAAGAAGGCAUGCGGACAAGUGUCGAAGCAAUUCUACUGGUACAGGAGCAUAACCAUCCUCAUAUACUGCUUCUGCAGAUUGGAAACACCUUCUGCAAGCUUCCUGGUGGGCGUCUAAAGCCUGGAGAGAAUGAAAUUGAGGGCUUGAAACGGAAACUCUCUAGCAAACUUGCCGCCAAUUCUACAGCUCUUCAGCCAGAUUGGCAGAUUGGGGAAUGUGUCGCUGUCUGGUGGAGGCCAAACUUUGAAACCAUAAUGUACCCUUACUGCCCUCCCCAUAUCACCAAACCAAAGGAAUGUAAGAAGCUUUUCCUUGUUCACUUGUCUGAGAGGGAGUACUUUGCAGUUCCAAAAAACUUGAAACUACUAGCUGUCCCACUGUUUGAGCUCUAUGAUAAUGUUCAGAGAUAUGGACCAGUUAUCUCCACCAUCCCACAGCAGCUGUCCAGAUUCCAGUUCAACAUGAUCAAUGCAUGAAGAAGCAGAGUAGAACUUAUUUAGGUUUUGAGUGAGGACAGUUUUGCAGAUGGACAUACAAUUGAAAGUAAUCGAAGUUGACCUAUUCUGCUCAGCCGUUGUAUACUUGGUCCUUAUAAGGAUUUGUAUUCAUCCUUUUCCUGAUGAACUGGUUCAUCUUGUUUGA